GAAAGAGAGAAAUUUGUUGAAGACAGUCAAUCUGUUUGAAGCAAUGGUCUUUUCCUUAAUUAUAUAGAUUUUCAUUUAGGGCUGCUUUAAAGUAAAUUUUCCCAGAAAAUUUUAUUUGCAGCUGGAAACUAGAAACCACCGAUUCUGCUUCUCCCUGUUUUAAAUUCUCUGUGGGACCUUUUUGACUCAUGUUGUCUUCAAAAUUUGAGUGACAGGCUGGCUGUGUGUGCUGUGGCACUAUUUGGGGUUGUAGGGAAUCUUCUGCUGCAAAAUGGCAACAAAAUGAGAAGCACCAGGUAUAGAUACUGGGUGGAUUCUUCUCUGCCAGCUGGUGUUCCUAAGCUUAGUUACCACUUUGCAUCAUCUCACAAGUAUGUUCCCAGGCGAGCUGUGCUGUAUGUACCUGCGGAUGAUGAAAAGAAGAUACGAAAAAUCCCGUCACUAAAUGUAGAUUGUGCGGUGCUGGACUGUGAAGACGGCGUGGCUCUGAACAGAAAGAGAGAAGCAAGACUGACAGUUGUGAAAACCCUUGAAGAGGUUGACCUUGGCCAUGCCGAAAAGUGUGUGAGGAUAAACUCUGUGUCCAGUGGUCUUGCAGAAGAAGAUCUAGAGGUGCUUCUGCAGUCCAAGACCCUUCCUUCAAGCAUGAUGCUGCCAAAGGUUGAAAAUGUUGAAGAAAUAAGAUGGUUUUCAGACAAAUUCUCACAUCACCUAAAAGGCCGAACACUUGUAGAACCAAUGAAUUUUAUCCCUUUUGUGGAAACUGCAGUGGGUUUGCUCAAUUUUAAGGCUGUCUGUGAAGAAGCACUGAGAACAGGAUCCCAGGUUGGCUUCCAUUUGGACGCAGUCGUCUUUGGAGGAGAGGAUUUCCGUGCCAGCAUAGGUGCAACAAGCAGUAAGGAAACUCACGAUAUUCUAUAUGCCAGGCAAAAAAUAAUAGUCACAGCAAAGGCAUUUGGCCUUCAAGCAAUAGACCUUGUUUACAUCGAUUUCCGAGAUGAAGAGGGGCUCCGCAAGCAAUCAAGAGAAGGUGCCUUAAUGGGAUUCACUGGUAAGCAGGUGAUUCACCCCAACCAAAUUGCUGUUGUCCAGGAACAGUUCUCUCCGAGCCCUGAAAAAAUAAAGUGGGCACAAGAACUGAUUUCUGCUUUUGAAGAGCAUCAGCGAUUAGGCAAGGGAGCGUUUACUUUCCAUGGGAGCAUGAUCGACAUGCCAUUACUGAAGCAGGCACAGAACAUUGUUACGCUUGCCACAGCCAUCAAGAAAAAAUGAGCUGGUAAAUGAAGCUCUCGCCAUGGGGCCCCAGUAGCUGUUUUAAAAGAUGACUAUAAUACUUGGGGAGAAAAAAAUUAAAGAUGUCAAGCUUAAGCAGAAAUUCAUUUCCAUUUUGCAGAUCUGUCAUAAUUUGCUUGCCAGAAUUGCUAAUUACUAAAACUAUUCCCUGCUCAAACCACUUCUCCCUCCUGCAUGGCCCAUGUACUACUCAUAGCCUCCCAUGAAGUUACAUCACUGACUGUGUGACAUCAUGAUAAUUACUAUGAAUGCAGGAUUAUGACUUCACUGAAGGAGAAAGGCAAAAUGUAAGAUGUGAGCUCUGUUAAAAGAGCAGAUGAAAACUGGGUCAAUCACUUCUAUUUGUACCUAUGCUUCUUCCCUCUCUGGUACAGAAAGGGCAAAGCCUUGAAUAAUUACACAUUGGUUGAAAUAAUUGCGAUGAAAAUCAUUACCCUGUGCGGGCUUUGCAUCCCACUCCCUUUCCGUAAGUGUGCAACAACCAUUAAAAAUAUUGCUCUGACAA